CUUCGACUAUUGUCUUUUUUUUUAAUCGGCGCAUCUGCUCGCUCCCCUUAUCUUUUAUCCUUUCUCGUUUUUCUCUCAUCCCCCAUACCCACCUAUCGUGACGAUCGCCUUGCUUUUACUUUUUUUUUCUUCAACUCCAAGGAAUCUAAACUACACCAUUUACUUUCCAUACACACGUCCGUUCAUAUUGAACAUGAUGGCCCACCACAUAGAGGACGCGCAUAAAAGACCCAAGGGUAUCCUCAAGAACUCCAGCUCUCAGGUGCCUCAGGUCGCGCAAAUCCCCGAAACCCUGCCUAUUCCCUCGACUGCGACCGAUGCGGUGGACACCAAGGAACUUACGCUUCAAAACACCCUCCAGAAUGCAGGUCGUCGCCGAUCGCUAUCCAACACCCGCCCGGGAUCCUCAUCGCGGCGGCAGUCCCUCGCAAGUAUCCAAGGCCAGCAUGACGAGAACUCACCCCGGCUGAAGUGGGACGAGGCCAACCUGUAUCUGACCGAGCAGGAGAAGACGGCCAAGAUGAAGAUCGACGAGCCCAAGACCCCAUAUGCGCCACACUACGACCCCGCCCAGGAUGAGGAUGAGCUCGAGGGCGAAGAAAGUCUGAUUGACGCGCAGGAGGUGGUAGUGGAUGAACUGGACAAGACGAACAAGGCACCCAAGAAGGCGGUGGCGGAGGACGAUAUCCCUGAAUUAGAGCUAGGUGAGGCGGAGGAAUACAUGGACGCGCAUGUCGGGAGCGGGGAUCGGAUCGUGCGCGAACGAAGCCUGAGCAAUGACUCACAUCGGAGUGGGAAGCAUGUGGUGGUCGGUGCAGGCGAGCCCAAUGGCGAUCUCGAGUCCGGCGGCGAUACGUUGAUGACGGCGGGCGAGGCGGAGGAAAAGCAUCGGCAGUUCGAAGAGCACCGGAAGAAGCACUAUGAGAUGCGGAACAUCAAGGAACUCCUUGCGUAUGUGGCUCCCUCGGGUCUGGGAUUGGAAGAUGGAUCGUGACUGACUGACUUACUUGUAGACACCCCGAGGAACUGGAAGACGAGAUGGAUGAAGACGAAGACGAGGGCGAGAGCUCGGCCCCUGUGCCGCCCCCCAUGCCUUCGAUCCCGGGGCGAUUUCUGAAUGGGGGAAAGUGAAGAGAGGAAUUUACGAAGAGAA